CUGACACUUUCCAGCUGAGCGUGAGUACGCCAGCUGUGACGAUUCUGUUGUGGCUUUGCAUGUGGCUGGGUUAAUUAAUGUCUGUACUUGAACUAGCGCACAAGCAAACGUUCAGCUGAAGCGGGGUCGAAUCCAAUUGCCAAAAUCAACCUUUUUGCACAUCCUUAAAAGAGAUAGACAGUCGCCAUGGCAGAUCAUUUAUUUUAUCCCGACGUGCCUCAAAAGCCCCUCCGGAUCGAAUAUGACGGUCCGUUGUACGAUGGAGGUGAUUGGCACACCUUUCCUCACCGCAGUGGGUGGCUGGACGAAGCCCACGCCAUAACCUUUCCCCCCGACGCAGUUCCUCCCGAGUACCGAUCGCGGAUGCAUUGCUGGAUCUACUUUGGCGUGCUGCACUAUGUUUUUGGUGAUCGGCUGGACCAGUCUGACUUUCUCCUCCAUGGAGACGAAGGCGGCGGGCAGCAGUACAUCACGACGCGACAACUGGAGAAAUAUGUUGGUGAUGCUGACGACUGGGAGAAUAACGAUCGCGGGGCGCGAUGCAUGGAGGUGAUUCCCAAAGUCCUCGAUUCGCUUGCAAACUAUUCUCGCUGGAUCGACGGGGAAAUGUCCAUAGCCGCUCGGCUGGUUGCCCUGGCUCUUUGGAACGUUGCGACUAAGCGUGGUAGCCCCCAGCCGACCCUUCGCAAUCCAGGGCUCUUUUUUCUGAGUUACAAAGAAGAUGAGACGCUAAUCCGCGACGGAUGGUGUCCGGUGGAUGUAGCGAGAUGUAUCAGGGCUGGUAUGCAGCUGGACACCCAGGUGUACCUCAUGCAAUUGGCUCGGCCCAAGCCCAGCUGGUACAAGCGAACGCACGACGCCUGUGAGAAGACGGAAUGCAAGGCGGACAAUAUAGAUGAGAGCACCUAUGUCACGCGCCACGUGCAGGAGGAUUGCAACUGUUUGCAUGUUGGUGCCGAUGUUGACCAGCUCCAUGCGAUUCUUCAAGACGGGAGAAUCCCGGUUGUGAAGAUAACACCCUGUGGAGAGGACGAGCUCGGAAAGAGGCAGUUCACUGUCAAGGUCGUCAAGAAACGCAGCAGCCAGCCAUACGUGGCCGUCUCCCACGUAUGGGCCGAUGGACUCGGCAAUCCCCAUGCCAACUCCCUCCCGCACUGCCAACUGGAGUUUCUGUACGAUCAUGCAAGGCCCCUUCUGCGCGAAAAAGAAUAUAUCCCUCAUUACAAAGAGAAGACCCUUGGGGUGUUGCAUAGCAGGGCCUCUCGAAUUGCGCAUUUUGCAGCCAAUGCCACCCGGGGUGGAGACGAUUCUGUACUCGUUUGGAUUGAUACAUUGUGCAUCCCCCAUCGAGAUGAUGUUCGCAGUCUGGCAAUCCAGCGCAUUCGCGAUGUCUAUAUCGGAGCUUAUCGGACGAUGAUCAUUGAUUCAAGCAUGAUGAUGAUUGACUCCCGCGCAUGUAGCAAGUUGGAGCUUUGUCUGAGAGUACUGUACUGCUCAGGCUGGGUUCGCCGGCUAUGGACGCUCCAGGAAGCACUGGCCUCGGACGAGAAGCUAUACGUGCUUCUGGCAGACAAGCCCGUCAACGUCAGUUCGAUCAACGAGGAGCUAAUCACAAGGGUCGACAAAGGAGAAAUCCCCAUCCUUCAAGAGGGAAUGGCUACAAUAGCUGCAGGCGCUUGGUAUCUGUACUUUGAAGAGGCAAAUGACUAUACGUCCGCAUUCCGCCGCCUACUCCUCGAGAGUACCCAAGCUCGGUUAAUCGCCACCACCUGGUUCAACGUCGCCACACGAGCCUCCAGCAAGGACCGUGAUCGAGCGACCGUCCUAGCCGGGGUCCUCAACCUGGACGUGAAAAAGAUACUGGAGGUAAAGGAAGCCAAAGAGCGCAUGCGCACCCUGUACGGUAUGCUAGAAUGGUUCCCGCAAGACGUGUUGUUUCUCGAAGGACCCCGCUUUGAAGAAGAGGGACUGGGCUGGGCAAUGCAAGUCUGUCGCUUUACCGGGGAACUUGCUCCGCUGUCGCAUGAUGGCGGCAAGAUCACGCCUCGGGGCCUCGAGGUCUCACGGUAUGCUUCGCUGAUAUAUCCAUCGUGCAGGUUCUGGGAUCACGACAAAUUCCUUGAUACCGAGGAUAUAACCCAAAGGCGAAAGGACCUGGACAGCUGGCUGGAGGCGUCCGGGCUUGCACCGACGGACCCUGCGACAGGCAUCAAAAUCCUUCACUUGACGACAGAAAGACGGCUGGACGUCAGCGCGGAUGUGACGUAUGGGAUCCUCAUGUCGGAGUCGAGACUGGAUGUAAUCAGCCGCUGUGCAGUCCUGUCGUUGCAGGCAACUGAAGAUGGAGUCUGUUACGGGCGAUAUGUCUCAUCAGGGUACAUCAAGGCGGACCUCUUGAAUCUUCGCGCCCCUAAAAUGUGGGGCUACACAAUCAGAGGCACUUGGAACGAUGCAGAGAAGCCGACCUGGGUUGCUGGUUAGACUCUAGUCCUAGUAUUCUAUUCUACCUUUUGCUGCUCUUCUUGGACUUUAGUUUCGCCAGCUGCAGCUGAAGCUCUAAUUUCUUGAUCUCAUCCGCUGCGUCGUAUUCGCCACGUCCACAUGCUUCCCCUUCCUGGGCAUCCGUCUCUGGAUAGUCGCUAUCAGCUUCGUACGGACCAUGUUUGCGCUGCCCUGACUCGAGGUCUCUUCCAGCAAGCUGACGCUCAAGGCCACCCAGCAACGAUCUAGAAUCGAAUAUCCAUACACCUGGGGAGGAGUGGGGGAGAAAGAUAAGCUGGUCCUCGGGGAUACAAAUGUCCUCGAUGGCCCGGUUGAUGAGGAACUCAGGGCUGGUACAGGAAUUGGCCGUGGCGAUACUUUCCAAAGCCAGAGUCGUCGAAUGCAUCGCGUCGCCCAGUCCCCGUCGUUCUUCUGCCAGAAGAAAUCAGAGACCUCUCUGAGAUCUGCCUCGGUAGGGGUGAGGGUAAUGCCACCGUCUGACAGAGCGCGCUACGGCUCCAGGAGAGAACUCAGCCAUGACCAAAAGAUGCAUUCAGUUGCGUCAGAACGAUGGAGCUAUCCAGGUAGGGAAUCGCUAGAUAUAGCUAAAUGACAUGAAAGAAGACAUGUGUGUUAAAACCUUCGGUGCAAGACAAAUUCCAACACCGUCCGUCCGCAAGCUGUAGCACAAGAGCGUGUCUUGGAAGUGUGUCGCGCCGGCCCCGACUCAUUGUCUGAAUUGGCUCUCUUCGUGACACCCUUUUGCCCAACAA